UCCAGCGGCAUCUUUUUAUGGGAGUUGAAGUCUGGAGCGUUACCGUUCUCUCCAGCAAGCUCUGCAUUCACAAACUGCAUCUCCCAUGAGCCCCCCCCCUCAUCUGCUUUGGUCUUAUUUGGGACUCCCGGUUUAGAAGAUGUUGUGAAACUCUUGCACCUGACAGGAUUGCUCAUCAGUAUCUGCAGGCUCAUGCUCUGCUCAGUCUUCUCUGUGCUGCCUGAAGAGAUUUCUGUGGACUAAGCAGCACAACCUCCCAUCACCAUGGAAAAACAGUCUACUGUGAUGUUUCGAAAUGUGGGACAACUGUACUUCCCCCAAACCAGAGUGGAAUGCCACUACAGCCUGACCUCAGGCCACCGCUGGAGCAGCAGUGACUGGAUCGGGAUUUUUCAGCUGGGAUGGUCUUCAGUGAAAGACUAUUACACUUACACAUGGGCUCUUGUGCCUGAAGGCUACACUGAGGGCCGCUGUGCCGACUCCUGUGCUCUUUUUCACGCAUCCUACCUGCCCAGACCCAGUUCUUUGGAGUUCCAGUUUGUUUAUGUUGAUGAGAAGGGAAAGGUGUGUGCUCGUAGCCGCCCCUUCACCUUUGGCGCUCCUAAACCGUUGGAGGAGCUGGAGACUCUAAAAGAAGAGCAAGAUGAGGAAGACGAAGGAGAGGAGCUGCUGCUGGUCAUCCCCAGAGCUCAGCUGCUGCAGAGUCAGCUGGAGGAUUGCUUAAAAAAGCAAAACAGUUUACAGAGAGCGUUGGAUGUGGCCAGAAAAGAGAGUGAGAAUGAAAAAGAAGUCGACAAAAGAGCGAGAAGCGAUUGGGAGAAGGAAAGGGAGGCGAUGAAGGAGAAAAUCACUGAACUCAGAGAUAAUCUGAGGCACAGCUGUGAGAUGCUGAGGAGGAUGGAGGGCAAACAACAGGAUGGAAAAUGUAGUCAGGAGAAUCUCACCAGUGAACUGAAUAGACUCUUGGCUGAAAAAGCAGAAAAUCAGCUGCAAAUCAAAGACCUGGAGGAUAAAAUCAGACUUCUGACUGACAAAGAAACGGCAGCCUGCAGUGAACUGGAAAGGCUGAGAGAAAAAGUGAAGAAAAUGUCCAUUCAGAUGAAACGCGACGAGGAGAAAAGAAAGUCUCUACAGGUGGAGAUUGAGACUUCUGCUGCAGCGGUGCAAGGACUGCAGGAGCGCCUGGAAUCCAAUGAGCUUGUGAUUGAGAGUCUGCGCAGAGAGCUGAAGGAGCUGGGCGCUCGUCAGAAUCACACCUACGCUGAGCUGCACCAAGCCCGGCUGCAGGUGGCCCAGCUCAACCUGCAGCUGUCCGAAGAGGACCUGCUUCUCAGAGAGGAGCGGGCCAACUCGGCUCUGGAGAAGGAGGCCUACAAGCAUGCAGCAGAAAUUAAUAAAAAUAAGUUGCAAGAUCUGAGCUGUGAGCUUCAGAGGACAGAGCAGUGGCUUCAGGAUGAAAGGAUGGACAGGGACAACCUGGAAGCAGAGCUGCAGAGAGAGAAGGUGCUGCUGCGUGAGGCCAGACAGGAGCUUCGGGAGGCAAAGACCAGUCUGAGGAAGAUCCAGAAGGACAGGGAGGAGGAGCAGCUUCACAAACAGGAUCUGGUGAGCUACAUACAUCAGUUGGAACACAGGCUGGGAAUCGUGCCUGAAUCUGACAGGAAAAGAUUGGAAUCCUCAGGUGUCAAAAAAGAUGAUGAAGAUUCCUGUAGACCAGAUUCCUACCCUGUGUCUGACGCAGACGAGUCUCUAGCUGAAAGCAAAGGGGAGAUGAUUGACACUCAGGAAGAGAAGAGGCAGAACUGUGAAGCUGGAGCCGCUGAAGACGAGCACCUGAUCCCACCUGAACUCUUCAACCCCGUCCUGAGUGAGCUCGCUGACGCUCCCAUGUGGUAAAACAAGGAAGAGCAGAUGGACAGCACAUCCAUAGAUCUGGAGACAUCUUUUUUUUUUGAUAUUUUUCCUAAUAAGUUUGAUUUUUGCUUUCAUUUGUAAACUUAUUUUGUUAUAAUUAAGAACUAGUAGCACAUUUUUACUUUAGUAAUCAGGCUUGAGCUGUCUGCCUGCAGACGCCUUGAGUUUUAUUUGGAGUCUUGACUCAAAGUUGACACAGGGGAGGUUUUUCUGGAGCACUUUUGUCCUUAAAGUCUGUUAAAUAUAGAGACAUUUGUAGAAUCUUUAGGUGUGUUUCUGCAACAUUUGUGAGGACGAAAAGGCUUAGAAAAUAAAAAAUAAUAUGUCUACAUACA